ACUUUUUCCGUCUCAAGGAAGGCUGCCUAGAAGGCCCGUCGUUAACCCACGAGUGCUUCAGUCUCGCGUUUCGCCUUGCUGUCGAAUACUCGCAGUCCAUUCUCAUCUCGUCAACAUGGGCUGGCUAAACACUGGAGCGUCCGUGGUGUUUGCCGUUAUAGUCACCGGCAGCAUUGUCACACACCAUCCUCCUCGUGAGCCAACGGACGCAUUUAGGAUGCUUGGUGCUUUUCCCCGUGUUGUGGCCAUAUCCUCCUCCAAUAACGACACUUCGUUCAAAUGCCUUGCUGCAACAAGAACUCAUUUUGAUCUGGAAGCAAAGAAGGCUUCCUAUGUGUGGCACUUGGGCGGAAGCCAUGCAGCCACUGCUACGAGGAACGUCACAUUCGACAUUCUAGCAGGAAAUGCUCCUGACCAGACAACCUACUUUAUUGACAACGGUGAGUCAGAUUCCUUGACUACGUUCUUUGAUUCCAUCAACAUGUUCCACGUAGCUGUGUUUGCAUGAAACAACUAAUUACAA